UAUAGCCAGUUUACCCAGAGUUCUUUGGGAAGGAGCUAGAGAGAGAGCGAGCGAGAGAGAGCUCGAGAAAAAAAAAAGCCAAACGCUACAGAGAGAGAUAGAGAAGGAAGCAACAGACAGGGCAGCCUCAAUGACAAAGCAGCCUGUCCCUAUCGCAGACCUCCGGAGGAGCACCAACGCACGCAAAACCUGGGCAAAUGUGUGAAAUAGGUCAAGAUGAGUGGCCUUGGGGACAGCUUGACCGACCCUGCUAGCCAGGAGCGCAAGAGGAAAGCCUCGCCAUGUGACACCAUGCAGAACAAUGAGAAGCGCCGGCGAGAGCAAGAAAACAAAUACCUGGAGGAACUGGCUGAGCUUCUCUCGGCAAAUAUCGGAGAUAUAGACAGCUUUAGCGGCAAAACGGACAAAUGCAAAAUCCUAAUCAAGAGGAUGGACCAGAUCCAGCAGCUGAAGAAGAAGAAACAGGAGAAAGUUGCCGGUAUCGAUGACGACGUCCAGAAAUCAGACAUCUCCUCCAGCAGCGGUGGGAUGAUCGAGAAGGAGUCGCUGGGACCUCUCCUCCUAGAGGCUCUGGACGGCUUUUUCUUUGUCGUGAACCAGGAAGGCCGCAUUGUGUUCGUCUCAGAAAAUGUCACCAACUACCUGGGCUACAAGCAGGAGGAGCUGAUGAAGGACAGCAUUUACAGCAUUCUGCAUGUGGGGGACCAUGACGAGUUUGUCAAAAAUCUGCUCCCCAAGUCUCUAGUGAAUGGUGGCCCUUGGUCCCAGGAAGCCAACCGACGGAACAGCCAUACAUUAAACUGUAGAAUGCUGAUCCGGCCUCCAGACGAUGUGGGAACGGAGAACCAGGAGGCCCGGCAACGGUACGAGCUGAUGCAGUGCUUUACUGUGUCUCAACCCAAAUCCUUUAAAGAAGAAGGAGAAGAUUUCCAGUCGUGUCUGAUCUGUAUUGCGCGGAGAUUACCUCGGCCUGCUCCUGUUCCCCCUAUUGAGUCUUUCAUCACAAAGCAAGACGCUACAGGUAAAAUAAUCUCUAUUGACACGAGUUCCCUGAGAGCCUCGGGAAGUACGGGCUGGGAAGACCUGGUCAGGAAGUGUAUCUAUGCUUUCUUUCAAGCUCAGGGCAAUGAACCAUCCUAUGCCAAACAGCUCUUUCAAGAAGUGAUGACGAGGGGGACGGCUUGCAGCCCUUCUUACAAGUUCACCUUGAGUGACGGCACUGAGUUGAGCGCGCACACAAAGUGCAAACUAUGCUACCCACAGAGCCCAGAAAUGCAGCCCUUCAUUAUGGGGAUCCAUAUCAUAGAAAGGGAUCAAAACUCUCUUUGCACCCAAGACAACACUAACUCAGGAAUGUCACUACCGCGACUCAGUCCCUCGAUCAACUCUACCAUCUCCCCAGCGCCAGGAAUGCCCUUCUCUUCUACCACCUCUCCAUCCAGUGGCAGCAUGCUGACCUCCAGCGUAAACCAGCAGCAUGUCACCGGCCUCCAUAACAUCAGCAGUUCCAACACCAGCCAAGCUAACUAUGGAUGUUCUCCUGGAAGUCAGCUUGGAACCAACGUGGCCUUAAAUAUGGGGCAGGCCGGACCCCAGAAUAGUAACAACCUAAACCUCAACAAUUCCCCCAUGAGCAGUCCUGGGAUGAGUCCUUCCCAGUUCAUGUCUCCAAGGCCGCGGGGUAGUCCAGGGCUGGUGUCCCGGCCUAGAGUUUCAGGUAAUCCUUUUUCUCCACCCAUGCCUACCAUGCACUCCCCCGUUGGCUUGUCGAGUAGUGGUUGUAACAACAAUAACAACAGAUCUUUUUCCAAUGUUCCCCAAAACUCCAUGCCAAUGUUGAAUGAAGGACCUAUGACCCCUGUAGGAUAUUCCUCACCCUCCCCAGGCAUGACAAGUGGGAUAUGCAACAACAGUAACAAUCCUAGGCUCUUUUGUAAUAACCCAAUGAACCCCUCUGUUCAGGCCAUUAACGAUGGACCUAGCAACCCCUCCAACCCCUUUUCUACGACAUCCCCUGUUCUGCGGCAAGCCCCGUCACAGAGUUCCCCUGGAAGGCUCAGUAUGCAGCCCAUAAAAAUGGAGCCUAAGGAGAACAGUCAUGGUAAUAACAACGACAGUCGGGUUGGGGACAGCGAGACUAAAAGUUCAUUGGCUGCCUCAAGUCAAAAACUUGUUCAGCUCUUGGCAACCACUGCAGAGAACAAGUUGCGAGAUGGGGAUCCAACCUACCGAGAUCCACUGACUUGCCCCGUUGUUUCCAAUUCUGGCUGUGGGAGUUCAACGACUGGAACGUGUCCCUCCUCUCACAGUUCCUUGACCGAGAGACACAAAAUUUUGCAUCGGCUCCUUCAAGAGGGAAGCCCUUCGGAUAUAAGUACUCUGUCUAUAGACCAUGACAAGAAAUGCUCUGGGUCCAGCAAUAGCCAGACUCAGGGGAGCACAGCAGACAUAAAGAUGGAACCUUAUGGCGAAAAGAAAAAGGACUCCAAAGAUCAGCUUCUUCGUAACCUACUGGACAAGGACGAGAAGGAGGUGAAACCGUCUCCUGCCCUAAGCCUGGAUGAUGUCAAAGUCAAGCUGGAAAAGAAUGAGCAGAUUGACCAGUGUGGCUCUGCGUCUGCACGUACCACAAUGGGCAAGCAAGUUCAAGAAGACAUAAAGCUGGAGACUCAAAAUCAGUUCACAGAUGAGUUUGAACAGCUGGGACAGUUGUUACCAUCUCAGCUACCUGGGUUCGGAUCAUCCGAGAGGACAGAAAGCAGUUUACCAAUGAAGUCGGAGCUCUUACCUGCAUCUCUACAGACUGGCACCGUGGCCAGGACACCCUCUGGGCUGAACAACUAUAAUGGCAUUGACAGAGGUCAGUCACCAUUUGGAUUCUGUGAUCCAUUGGAUCCCGUGCACAUGGAUUUGAACCCAUUUCCCGCACCUAAUGAUACCAGUCCUCGGUCUGGACUUACUCCGGAGCAGAGUCGGGUAGCCAUGUCGGGGACCACCACCUUUCAGACAGAUCCCGGCCUCCCGGACCCAGACCUGGGAAUGACGGACCAAUUCGGACAAUCUGGUAUCACUGACCAAAUGCCCUGGUCUGACAGCUUGACGCCUCUGAACCGUGUGACCCAAAACGCGCAGGAAGAGAUUGAUGAUUUUCUGUGUCCUCCCACCACCAUGGAAGGACAGAAUGACGAGAAGAUCCUGCUGGAACAGCUCGUGUCCUUCCUCAGCGGCAAAGACGAGACAGAACUGGCCGAGCUAGACCGGGCCCUCGGGAUCGACAAGCUAGUGCAGGGAGGUGGUCUGGAUGUGGUCACUGACAGAUUCCAACAGCAGGCUCCUGUGGCCCAGGUAUUGAUGGACCAGAAGCAGGGUCUCUAUCAUCAAGCUUACCAAGCUGCCUCACCCAACCCGGGCCUCGCCGGGCACUUCUCCAACAUGGUCAGACAGAAGAAUACGUAUGGGCCUGUACCAGUCCAGGUGCCACCCCCACAACAGAGAGGGCCCUAUCCCAACGUCAUGAACAUGCAACCCCGACAGGCCAUGGCUCGUCCUGGAACAGCAUCCAAUCAACUCCGACUACAGCUCCAGCAGAGGUUACAGGGUCAGCAACAGAUUCUGCACCAGAACCGGCAGGCCAUCCUUAGCCAGUUCGGUGUUGGGAACGCGGUGCAGAUGGGGAUGAGGCCAGCCAUGCAACAAGCCAUCACUUCUCAGCCCCCAUUGAAUGCUCAGAUGCUGGCCCAGCGCCAGCGAGAACUGUACAGCCAGCAGCACCGACAGCAGCAACUCAUGCAGCAGAGAGCCAUGCUAAUGAGGCAGCAGAACUUCAACAACAACCUUCCCCAACAGGGAGGUCUGCCUGUCAACAUGGUGGCUUCCAGGCUGCCACAAGGCCCUCCUCAGCAGUUCCCUUACCCCCACAGUUAUGGUACAAACCCCGUCAACCCUCCCCCAUCCACCAGCCCUUUCUCGCCUAUGGCCACGACCCCCGAGGCAACGCUGCCCAACCGCACAGGGGCGGGCAGAGGCGGUAUGGUGAACAGAGGCAUGAUGGGAAACGUCGGAGGGCAGUUUGGCAAUGGGAUCAAUACACAGAUGCAGCAGAAUGUCUUUCAGUACUCAACAGCAGGAAUCAACCAGCAAGGGGAUCCCACGUUUGCUCCAUCUCUCAGCCCCACCAGCCCUCUGAUGUCCCCUCGCAUCACGCCAUCUCAGAGCCCCAUGCUCCAGCAGACGCCAUCCACGCCGGGGUAUCAGUCGCCUGACCUGAAGAACUGGCAGCAAAGCGCGCUGGGAAACUCCAGCGUUUUUGGCCAGACGGGACAGAACCAGCCGGCUCAAGGCCAGCAGGGAAUGUACAAUAACAUGAGCAUCACCGUGUCCAUGGGCGGAGCCAACAAUGGGGUGCAGAAUGUGAACCAGAUGACGGGUCAGAUGCAGAUGGGCUCCCUUCCCAUGCAGAGCAUGAACAGCAUGUGUACGGAACAGCAGGUGAAUGAUCCAUCUCUUAGAACAAGCGGAAUGUACUCAACAGACCUGCUAAAGACGGAUCCAGAUACAGGACAGCAGGUCCAGCAAGUACAAGUGUUUGCCGAUGUCCAGUGUACAGUGAACCUCGUGGGUGGGGACCCAUACAUGAACCAACAAGGAUCCAUGGCCUCUCAGAAGACCACACCUGGGCCCACCACCCCCCAGGCUCAACAGAAGAGCCUCUUGCAACAACUGCUCACUGAAUGACAGUUUUGAUCAGACCUUGUUAAAGCAAGGGAGAUGCAACCCGUAACACAGACAAGCUAUAGAAAUAUAUAUAUGCAACAUAUAUAUGUUCUAUAUUUUUGCAGAGAUCUUUGAUAUCUCAAACUGCAGCCAUCCUUCUUUUUUUUGGGGGUCGGAAAAACUGCCAGGCAAAGACGCUUUUGCGAAGUGUAAAAUAAAACGAGGAGAGCGGAGGAAAAUCUGUUUUGCCACAGUUUUUUUUUUUUCUAUCCCCAUUAGCCCCCUUGCCCUCUUUUGAAGAGCGCUUGAUCAGCAUUGGACGUUUGGAGAGAGCUGCAGGGCUGGACAAUCGGACCGACGGUCCCCUUUCGAGCCAAAUGACAGAUGAUACUUAUUUUUGUAAACAGUCGCUGUGAUGACACUGAAAGGAAAAAAAACAGGCGUUUUUGCGCGCCUGGAGAGAAUGUCGCAGAAUGUCAGUUUCAGCUGGUUCUGUCACUGAUGUGGAACCCGAAAAGGAGAGGAGAGUGAAGGGUUCUGGGUAACUUACGGGUGGCGGGGAUUGUGGGGGAGGAACGAGAGAAAGAGAGAGAGAAGUAUAUAUACUAUACCGAGGUAAAGCGCAUCGUUGUUGCAGCUGAAGUGCAUUUGUAGAGCUACUACUGGCUUGUAUGUACAAUCAUGUCUUUUCUAAGUGAGAGGCCUGCUUUGCGCACCUUUUUAGGGCCUGUUUUUUAAGCCCUCUUUGCUGCUGGAGCAGCAAAUGUGGCAGCCCGCUAUCUUUUUCCUGAGGUUUGACAAAAUUUCUUGAAACCACACAAAAUUUUGCAAAAUUAUGAAGUUAAAAAUCGAAAGUGAAUUUUUUUUUGCUUUUCUUGCCAUCAGUUGUAUUCAGGAGGUCAGUGAGAUUGACCAAGGACAGCCUCAAAAGUGCUGUAAAACCCCCUAUUCACCUCCUUGUUAUAUAUGCUAUUACUCAGAUAAUGAACAGACAAGUAACCUGUGUAACAACGAUCUUUGCCGCAUUACCUCUGCAAAGUCAACUACAGCAAGGCGGAGGUUAGGCCAAAGCCUACGGUGAGAAUAUGACUGUGAAACCUACACAGCAUCUCUUCUUUAAUGGGGAAUGACCAUCUUUCGUAACCUACAUCAUGCCUUUCAUCCAUCUUUUCCUCAUAUCUUUGGUUUGUUUCGUUCUGUUUCGGUGUUCAGUCGAAAGGAGGGGGAAAAAAUGUAAAAUGGUAAGGGAUGCUUGUGGUCUUUUCUGGUUUUGGAGUGUCUGAGAAUAAGUCCUGACCUGAUUCCAAGGCAUGUUUACUGUUUGAGGAAUCACAUAAUAAUUCACAGCUAAAAUGGCAACCAAAAAAAAUACAUAUUGAUGUCUUGGUUAAGAGCAAUCUGUCAAAAUGGGAGCUGCAGUUGCCUGGUGACUCAAUAGAGAAAUGAGGUGGUGGAGCGUUGAACCCUGGUACAUGUUGGUGUCCCAGUUGGGUAGUGGGUAGCUCUGUAGGGCACAAGGGCCAAUGUUAGGCCUUCAGGAUUUGUAGAAGGUAUAGAGCAGUGAUGGCAAACCUUGGCACCCCUAGAUGUUUUGGAACUACAUUUCCCAUGAUGCUCAACUACAAUGC